AUGUCCAAGCCGUAUGGCGUCGAAAAGGAUACUUCGCUACCUCUCGGCCAAAUUCGAGAUCGAACUUCAUCUUCAAUCAUCUCCUCCGUAUUAAGCAUCGUCAAUGAUCAUAUCGUCAACAAGGAGAAUUGGAUCAAGUCUAUCGAAUGCCUCUAUGUGGCCAAGGAUAACGAGGAGCCUAGCGGCAAACGCCGGCGUGUAGAAUACGGACGUGUAGCCUCCGACUCCUCGGCGCUUCUGAGGAGAAGAUAUCUUGAUCUCGUGUCGGAGAUAGAGGGGGGACGCUACGUUGAUGAUAUACCCUAUGUCGCUGUUUCGUACACGUGGCAGGCGUCAAAGGAGGAGGAGGCAGAGGCAGAGGCAGGAAGAGGAACGGCACGAUGCUUUCUCGUCGAGUCUCGUAACGCCGGCGAGCCUGCCCUGCCUAGCAAGGUGAGGCCCAUGAUCUGGGAACGAGUACUUCGCUAUGCCGAAUAUGUUGGCUGCAGAAAUAUCUGGAUCGAUAACGAGUGCAUCGACCAGGGGAACGAGGCGGAGAAAGAAGCAGCAAUCCAAAGCAUGCACCUAGUGUAUAGUCUAAGCGAGUGGCCCAUUGCCCUCCUCACGCGUAGGAUCAAUACCGCAGAAGAGCUCGAGCUCAUCAUCAAUCUAAUGUGUGACGAAGUCGCCCCCGAAGAUGAACCAGCCAUGUUAGAUCUUCUGAGUGAUAUUACCUCUGAUCUCUGGUGGACGAGAGCCUGGACAUUUCAGGAAGACUAUAGAGCUUCUACCCGCAUGAUGUUACUCAUUCCACACAGCCGGAACUUAGAAGGAUGUAAGCGAGCUACGGUGCCAGGUCUCCGCGGCAUCAUGGUAGCCGAGGUCGAAGGAGAGAUUGGCAUACAAUCAGCAGCCUUCAGGGAACGGGCUACAAAGUUCUGCCUUUCCUAUCGGGAAGUAUCAGAUAAUCCGGACCUUUGUAACAAGAUCAUUAAGAGAGCUACAAAAUACAAUGUUCUUCUCAAGGACAAGUCCUCGACGUACUCAGCAUCGCGUUCUAUGUCUCCAAUCAUCCUUUCGGACAUACUUUCGCGCGGCAUCAAGAACGAAUCUGACCGCCUUGCUAUCAUGGCUAACUGCUGCGAGUAUGGUACUCGCAUUGACACCAACUCUCUCAAUAGCGACGGUAGUAGCCUUAGCUUGUCGAUCCUUGCCCAGUAUCUUCUCAAUGGCGAGAUUAUAGAAAAUGACCCAGAACGACCUACCCGGGGUACGCUCAACCACAACAUCCAUGAAUACAUUUACGAACAAUCUCUUAGUAGUUUUCGCCCCCCUGUCCAACAAGGCCUCACGUUCAUUAAAGGAUGCCGCUUUAGCAGCGCGCGACUAACUCCAGAGGGAACGCUAACUAGAGGUCACCUCUGGAAACUAGGCAAGGUCAUACGGCGGAGACCGAUGAAAACGUACGGCGCCUCUUAUUCGGACCUUGCGACUCGUCUGAUCGCCACCGUCUACGACCCACCUCGCACCACAUGCCGCGGGGGAAUGUGGCUUAGUUGGAUGAUCAACGCGGUUAGCGAAGCCCUGGAGCAAGGGAAGGCUCUUCGAUUGGGGUCUCUCGUUAGGUCCCCGGCGGAAGCCACUUCCUACAGUCCCUACAGGGCCGUCUUCAUAGGCGAUAGCCGCGAUGAUUGGGAAGAUGAGGACGAAGUGACCUAUGCCUUCACUUCAUACCAAUUCCAUAAGGAAGACAUGCCGGGGUAUAACGAGAAGCACGUCUCGCUGGAGGUCGAUAUCGAGUGGCAGAGGAGCGACAUACCUGAACCGCCUGAAGGAGGCUCGUCCUACGCGCCGCCGAAGCUGUACAUCAAGCGGUGGCUCAACGGGCUCUGCUUCUUCGAGGGGCUCGGGACGGACCAAGUCUUGUUCCCGUGGCACCCGACACUUCUAGAAUAG